UUAAUUAUUAAAAGGAACAAUAAAAAAAGGCAUAAUAAAAGAGCAUCAACGUCACGGUCGCUUGCGGCCGCGGCGGCGCUAGUGAAUAUAAAAAAAAGCAGUUGAAUUCUGGAGGAGUGCGAAAACCAAACAAAAUUUGUCUAUAAAAACCGUUUUUAAUAGAUUCAACAAAGUGAAAUCCCUCCAACAAUUACGUCACUGGGCGCAUCAAAUCACUAAAGGAGAAACUUAUAUGGAGAAGUUAAAGCAUAGAUCAGAGUAUACAUUGAAAAGUAUGAAGAAUGCUAUUGAUGAGGGGUUAAUUGUUCAUGAUGCAGACCUACGAAGAUGGGUUCCGCAAGCCCAGAAAGAUAUUGGAAAUGAGGGUAUUCGUUUCAAGGCCUCCCGUGGUGGCUGCAUUACUUCAAAAGAGCUCAUCGUAUUACAUCUCGCAAGAUGACCAAAUUCGUGACGCGUAAAACAAUGGAAAAUGAAGAAGAUUUACAAAAAACAGCGCAUGCAUCCGUGCAAAAAAUCAAACCAUAUUUUGAAAUGUAUGGCUCGCAAAACGUCUAUAAUUCUGAUGAAAGUGGUUUUCAAUUGCAAACGCAUUCGGGCCGAACUUUGGCGGACGGGGGGUCUAAAGAAGUCUCGUACAUUGUACAAUCUAUAACAUCAACGACACACAGUUAUACGAUACAACCCACGAUAUCUGCUGAUGCAAAAUUAUUGUCACCUCUUUUCAUUGUUUACAAGGAACCCUCCGGAACUUUUGGCUCAAGGGUCCAGAAGAAUCUAUUCAGACCUUCAAAUAUUUAUGUAACGGCUUCAAAAUCGGAAAAACUGACUUUUGAGCACUUCAAAAUUUGGUUGGAAGAAGUAUUCUUUCCACACGUGGGACCAAAAAAUCUACUGUUGAUCGAUUCAUGGAGUGGACAUUGCUCUCGAGUGGUAGAAGAAGUAACUCCUCGGAAUAAAGAAUUAUUAACUAUGCUGAUUCCGAAAAGGACGACCGGGAAAAUUCACCCUCUUGAUGUAUACGGUUUCAGAAUUUGGAAAAAUAUAUAUCCAUCAUUUUUCAGAUACGGUCGUUCUCUUGAAUCAUAACAUCAAUUUACAUGCACGAAAUAAUGUAAUAAAAUUGCAAUCUCUAGUUCAUAAUCAAUUAUCGUCACCAAGGUAUCAAAAUCUAUUUUGUUAUGCUUGGUUCCAAAGUGGCUACAUUGCUAAAAAAAACCAGAGGAAUUUGAUAAUCCUGUUGAUUUUGCAUUUGGACAA